AUGGCCCAGCGAGCGAGGGGGGCUCGGUUGCUCGGAGGUCUUCUGCUCUUCUUUCUGCUCGCCGCCGGCGCUGCGCCGCUCAGCUGGGACCUCCCUGAGCCCCGCAGCCUAGCCAGCAAGAUCCGAGUGCACCCGCGGGGCAACCUCUGGGCCACCGGUCACUUCAUGGGCAAGAAAAGCUCGGAGCCCCCCAGCCUAUCGCCAUUGGGAGCUGCACCCCACAUCUCCCUGAGAGACCAGAGACUGCAGCUGAGUCAUGAUCUUCUCAGGAUCCUCCUGUUAAAGAAAGCCCUGGGCAUGAGCCUUGGUGGCCCAGGACCCCGCACCCAGGAGACUGCUGGUGCACAUACUGCAGAAGUGAUGCAAAUAAUGGGGCAGGCACAACGCCGCAGCUUAGAUUGUGCCCACCCAGGGAAGGUGCUUGAUGGGACCCUGGAGAUGGCCCACCUGGAUGUAGAUCCUGGGAUCAGAUCUCUGUAA